AUGAAAUAAGGUCCGAUAAACGGAUCUGAUGUUCAAUCCUUCUUUUUUUACUGUAUCAAAAAGACAGUUUCAACUGAAAACGUUCCAGCGGUUGUUGCUGCCCAUGUUGCUGUUGUCCAUGUAGCUGCGGCGGCUGUGGUGGCUGUGGCGGUUGCGGAGGUUGUGGCGGUUGUGGCGGUUGUGGAGGCUGUGGAGGCUUCGGAGGCUGCGGUGGUUGUGGCGGUUGCGGAGGUUGUGGCGGUUGUGGCGGUUGUGGAGGCUGCGGAGGUUGCGGUCUCGGCGGUUGUGGAGGCGGCUGUGGUGGCUGUGGUUGUGGUUGCGGCUGCGGUUGUUGCUCUCCGUGUUGUGAUGGCUGUUGCUGCAUGCCGUGUUGUUGUUGUCCCUGUUGUUGCUGUUAGUCCGCAACCGCAUCGGCAGAUGUCACGCCGCCAACUGAGCUCAAGAAAGUUCGGGCAUUCUGUGGAUGCACGAGCUGCCUCAUUCACAUCCAAUUUUCCU